CCGGUCGACUGCUUUUUCGCGCACGCGGCUAACUUUAUUCCAAAUUUAAUCAAUUACCAAUUUGGCACCCCCUCAAAGAUAGCUAUUGGUAGGAUUGUCAAUAACGAGUGUACAGUGAAUUACAUCACCGGUUGGACAAACGUCUUACAAGUGUGACUUCAUAACCUUCCUAGGAGAAUUCCUAGGGCGUGCGGCUACUACGUGUUACAUUACGUUUUUACUUUCGGUGUGGCGUGAUAAGAACUGAACCGUCUGCGGUGUCUGUACGGUUCCGCUGCAUUCCUAACCAGUGAGACUAAUAAAUGAUCUGGAGAAAAUGUGAAUCACUGAGACGUCAUAUUUCGCGUUAUCGUGCACCCGGGCGGUCGUGUAAAUAAAAGUAUCAACCUGAAAACGCGUGGUAAAUUGUGCGAAAAAAAAAGUAAGCAAAUAGCGAAAAGUCGAAUUGCAACAUAUUUCGGAAUGAUUACACGGAGAAUGAUGCCAUCGGUGGUGACUGGACUGGUGUUUGUGCUGUUGAUGGCAGGAACCGGAGCAGUUUCGGAGGUUUCGGAAGGCAGUGGCAGUGACUUAGAUUACGAUUAUAGCAGCAGUGUGGAAUCGGUGGGCAAACCGGUUUUGAACAUUUCCAGUGAUGAUGAAGUGUUGGAUCCGAUUGAGGACGGCUCCUAUCCGGAAGAUGACGAUGAUUACGGUGCUGCUUUGGACAAUCCCUUGGCAAUGCCAUCGGUGGAGGAUGUGCUUGAAGUGAUCGAUAGUGCGAGCGUAACUACUGAUGGACCCGGGGAAGAACACAUUCCCGAUAGUGCUUCCGUUAGGAUUGGUUUGCUGGAAACAUUCGAACUGGAUGCCCAAGGAUCGGAGAAUGCAACCGAAACGGUCAGUACGACUGGAUUGACGGAAUCCGCUGGAAGGGCUGUGGUCGAUGUCACACCGGCGCCGGAUUGCAGGGGCUUUACGAAACUGUCAACUCAGCCGCAAUUCACGAACGGCACGUUCAAUGUUAUCAGAAAAUGCUGUCCACCUGGAGAAAGUUUUCUAUUCAACGAUAAUAAUCAGGCGGUACACUGCAAACCUUCGUCGCAGAACUCGAUCCAAGUGCAGGCGAUCAUCGCACAGUUCUUCCAAGGGUGCAUCGAAGAUCUGGAAGAGGAGGCUCCUCCUUUGGGCGUGGUCUACGGGAAUCCAUGCGCCGUCGAGGAUGGAUUGAUUCGGUUCAGUGCGAAUGCGAACGACAGUUUGUACGUUCUUCAGAACGGAUCGCUGCUGGUGGUUAACGAACUGGUCGAGGAGUAUGAUAUCUUCACCACCUACUGCUUGGACGUGGACCGAACGGAUGGGUUGCUGAAUGGAUACGUGUGUUCGUCGGAAUUCCGGAUCGGGCGGGACAUCUUCAAGGGACAGAUGAUGGCACUGGCGCUGUGUUUAGCAUUUGCCAUUCCGUUGCUACUGGCGACGGCGUUCUUCUAUGUGGCAAUUCCAGAGUUUGAUGACAUCCAUGGAAAGGCACUGUCGCUGAAUUGCGUCAAUUUUGCCAUAGCGGUGCUACUGGAGUGUAUUUUCCAACAUAAGAGCCAGGGAAAUGGUUCCACCGAUGAUACCAUUGUGCUGGCCAAUUACACGGACUAUUUCAUUCUGGCUACGUUUUUCUGGUUGAUGGUGAACUGUAUGAACAACUGCAUUCAUGCUUGGUACUUCUUACCGAAUGGAAUCCAGAUUGAAAAGCGUGGCGAGAAACGAACCUUCGCUCUCUAUACAGCCUUUGCCCAGUUGGUUCCGUUGGCUAUCAUCUUGUUAAACCCACCGAAUAGUGAUCCCACUGCAUUGAAGCACUACUUCUUCCUUCCGAUCAUCGUGGUCAUAGUGCUGAACAUCAUCAGCUUCUUUAUCACUUUCUGGGGUUUCCAGCGGGUGAGUGACAUCCAGAUUCAGCAUUUCUCCCUCCGUGGACGAAUGAGCAAUGGUGGUGAAGAGGCGAAUGCCUUCCUAGCAAGGUUGCCCAACAUCAUAACGGCGGAUGUCGAGAGGGUCAAGUACAUGGCCAAAUACACCGCCUUGCUGUUCAUGGUCAUGUCCGGUGUGUGGACCAUUACGAUUGCCACCUACUACAGCACCAGGACAAUUCCCAUCCUGUACGACAUUCUGUUUGGGCUGCAGGGAAUUCUAAUUUUCAUCAUCUUCAUCUGCCUGCCCAGACCUUUCCGCACGGUGAAGGCGUGGUUCGAGAAGAACAAACUCUGCGGCUGCCGGCAAGAUCCGGACGCUAUCGAUCUGCGAAGGGACUUGGCUUCCUACCAGGUGAGCAGCAAUGGGAACACCAAGGAAGGUGUCCCGUUGAAUAAUAUCAGGACGUCGGAAUGAGGAAUAAUUUCAGCUAUAUUAUAAUUUGGUUGCAAUUUUUCUGUGUGGUUUGAAUUUCAGUAGUUAGUUUAUUUUUUAAUCGUAGACAGUUGUACUAAAGUAAGAUCAUGAAACCAAUUAAUGUUAAGGUACACUCAAGUUGUGUUCAAAACAAUUCAAGCAAUAUUGUGCUAUCGAUAGCAGUGCGUUAGUAGUAGGCUACGACUUUAGAUACGUAAGCUCGGGUAGAAUAAAUUGUGCAUCUGGAAGAGAAAGGCGUGUUUAUUUACUACUGUGUAAAUCCGAUUCCGUGAAGUGAAUUCUUAGUUGGUUCCUGUUACGGAGUAUCACAUCUGGCGAC